AUGGCCAAAAUCUACUUGGAAGCCGGUCGGGUUGUGGACGAUGUGCUGUCCGGCCGAUCCGGCCUGAAGGCAGCCCUCUACGCCCAGCAGCUUUCUUCGGACCCACGGGCAGUCUGCAAGCUCUCCUCGUGUACGUUGUCAAACAAGGCGGCUAUAGCUGAAGCCCUCGAGUUUGUUGGCCUGGAUCACCAUUCUCAUGGCAUGAUGCUGGUUAUGGCCUACGAGCUACUUCUGGGGCAUGGGCUGCGAGGAGGAGGAAAGCUGCGACGAGAAUUGGAGGGCCACGCAGCGGAGCUGUGGACGGCUUUCAAGAAGUCGAGCCAGCAUAGUGAGGUCCUUUCGGAACAGAGAGAGGCUUUCUCCUCCUUGCCGCGCUACGUCCGUGUGAACCGGCUGCAGCUGGCGGAGGACCUCGAGAUCCUGAAAAAACGUCUGACGAAGGCGCUGAGGAGGGCCGCCGGAUCCGAGCCGAAGCACAGUGAGGCGACGCGCGUGGAGGUGGACGCUGUGGUGCCCAACGUCCUACGGCUGCCGGCGGACUCGCGGAGAUGGCUCCGGGAGCUUCCGGAAGUGGAGAGCGGAGCACUGGUUUUGCAAGAUCGGAGCAGCUGCCUCUCGGCCCUGGCGGCAGGCUUGGUCCCUGGCAGCUUCGUCCUGGACUCCUGUGCAGCCCCUGGUAGCAAAACGGCUCAUGCCAUCGAGCUGCUUCACGCGCAGGGGCGCUUGGCUGCCUUCGAGAGGGAUCCCAAACGUGCGGCAGCCCUCCUGAAGCGCUUGCGGCUCUUAGUUGGCUUUGCAGAGAAGAGUCCAAAAAAGCGUAAGGGAAGACAUGGACCGGAAGCAAAGAGCAAGGCCUCGGUCUUGAAAUGGGGGUCGCAGAUACGAGGGCGUUGCUGGGCCGGUGCCACUGGGGCGGAGGGAGUCGAGGUAGAUGUGCAUGUCGGCGAUUUCCUCGACACAAAUCCAGCGCUUCCCCCAUGGAAUCAGGUCGAUGUGCUCAUUGUUGAUCCGAGCUGUUCCGGAUCGGGCCUGCCGGAGCACCACUUGAUCGAUGCGACUGCCGAAACUGGGACAUCUCGGAGGGUGCAGCGUCUGGCUGCUUUCCAGAAGCGCAUCCUGUCGCAUGCGCUCAGCUUUCCCAAAGCGAGGACAGUGGUUUACUCUACCUGCUCCACGCUUCGCUUGGAGAAUGAGGACGUCGUGGAGGAGGUGUUGUGCCGCUACCCCGGGUUUGAGGUGGUGGAGGCACUGCCCUGGUGGCAAAAUGCGUCGGAUCCUGUCACCCACAAGUGUCGAGGGUUCUUCCUGUGCCGACUGGACCGACUCGAGAAUCUCGUACAUGGCCCUGGCGACGCCGAUCCUCAGCCCGAGCAGAGCCGCAGGAAGCGCAAGAGGCGCCUCACGACAUCGGCUCCGAGAAGGGAGGAGAUCCAAAUUGCGAGCAAAGACAACACCAAAGCCAGCCUCGCCUUCCUGGCGGUGCCGAAGGCGAAGAAGGGAUCCGGCUUGCGGCAUGCCGCUGCCCUCCGCCAAGCCUCACCCGGUUUCACACCGCAGGAGGCAGAAAGCGCAGAGAGCCAAAAAGGCUCACAGGCCCCGAAGCUCCCUCCCCUGCUUUGGACCUCGAGGGGGAGAGGCCUUUUGCGGUGCGCGAAGGGCGAAGCUGCCAUGGAGGAUGCCAGCAAGGUGGCCGAGUUCAAAAGCAUCGGCGGGAAAAGGACCCUGGUGUCGAAGAAGUCAGCCCGCCCGAGUUUGGAGAAGCGGCCCCUGAAGAUCCUGCCAGAUGUGCCUGUUCAUGUGCGGCUUGGUCUGUUGCCUGGGAAGUGGCUUUGUCAGGCGGGUGUGACCCCGGACCCGGACCUGAUGCGAUUAGAAUACAAGGAGGAAGAUGCUCCACCGGCCAUGGAUCCUGAGCAAGAAGUCGUGACCGAUCGCGUGUUCUCAGAGCGUGGCCAACUUUUCUGCCAGGAAUGUUGGCUGUCAUCCUCAGGAGUUCCAAUUUUACAUGGGGAGGAUGCCUUCUUCCUGCCGGCAUUUCUAUGCCCCCAUGAGGACAGAGGUGUCAUGGAACGACUUCAGACUGAGUUGGAAGCUGAAGAGAAAGCCAUGUCCGAGUGGCAUGGAGCUCGACACUUAGGCUUGCAGUUUGAAUCCGGGAUUCCUUCCUUCGAUCGUAGCCUGCGAGCACAGCUUGUCCGCCGAAUGGAGAAGGCCUUCGGUAUCAAAGCUUCGGCUGUUCGACUGAACUUGUAUCGGUCGCAACAAGACUACAAGCCCUUGCACUAUGACCGGGGCCGGGACUCUGAAGGGGUUCCCCAGCUCACGGUGGGCGCAUCCUUUGGGGCAGUUCGUGAGCUGACGCUGAUGCACGUGAGGUCAGGUGUGACCAUGUCCUUCCCUCAGGGCAACGGGGAUGUCUUUGCCUUCACGCCGGAACUGAAUGAAGUGUUCAUGCAUGGCGGCCGGCAGACCAUGGGCAGCUCCGCCCAAGGAUUCUACACUGCCUCCGGCUUCAGGCAGCGAGGUAUCCUGUCCGAGGUCGUGAAGCCGCACAGGCGCCAGGAGGUGGACUCCUGCAAGCUAGGACCGGAAGACUUGGGCACCUGCUCCAGCACCUUGCGAAAGUCCGCAAGUGCCACGAGCUUUAGCCUUUCCGAGAGGUUGCGGGCAAAGGCACAGGAGGCAACCCCCAAGACGCCUCGAAGAACGACGCAGGAUGUGGAGCCCAAGGUGAUCGAAGUCUACGCCCAUCGGCCGGGUGACCGACCCCGGAAAGUCACCGUGGAGCGCCGGAGGAAGUGGUUCGAAGCUCUGGAUGUCGUUGCUCUACUAGAGGAGCGAGGCUGCAACUUUACUCCUGACUGGGAUCGCGAGUUUUGGCUGCAGCUGGACGACUUCAACAACACAGAGUUUGAUAUCCGUAUGCCGGAGCAAUGGCUGGAGCUUGGCCAGCAACCCGAUGGAAGCUUCCUUCCCUUGCAGGCCAAGGCCUUGCGCAUCUAUGAGACAAAGGGCUCUGUCUGGGAGGACUGUACAGUGGAGGGCCUCAAGGACCUGAAAGAUGGAAAAGGCACCAAAGAGUUCUUGGUGCGCUGGGCUUCCAGCCCCGAGAAGGAUUUGGAGUCGGUUGGCCGACUGAGAAUAGUGAUCCAAGGUGAGGACCCGGAGGUGUUUGCCGACCGCAUCCUCUAUGCCUUUCAAGCUCUUCAGAAGGCAUCCGCUGUUCCGUUUUGA